UGCAGAUGAAGGGGAGGGGGCAGAGGAAGGAGAAGAGGAGGCCAAACCUAAAUUCAAGCCGUUCAUAAUGCCCAACCUCAUCCCACCUAAGAUCCCAGACGGAGAGAAGGUAGAUUUUGAUGACAUCCACAGGAAGCGCAUGGAGAAGGACCUGAAUGAGCUGCAGACACUGAUCGAGGUUCACUUUGAAAGCAGGAAGAAGGAGGAGGAGGAGCUUAUCAACCUCACAGACAGGAUUGAGAAGCGACGUUCUGAACGAUCAGAGCAGCAAAGGAUCCGCAGUGAACGAGAGAAAGAACGACAGAAGAGGUUGGAGGAUGAGAGGACUCGUAAAGAGGAGGAGGAGGCAAAGAGGAAAGCAGAUGAUGAUGCUAAGAAGAAGAAGACGUUGACUAGCCUACACUUUGGAGGCUACAUGCAGAAGAUGGAGGUCAGAGGGAAGAGACAGACAGAGAGAGAGAAGAAGAAGAAGAUUCUACAGGACAGACGGAAGUCUCUGGACAUCGAGAACAUGAGCCAGGACAAACUGAAAGACAAGGCCCAGGAGCUGUGGUUGUGGCAGCAGCAGCUGGAGGCGGAGAAGUUUGAUCUGCAGUAUCAGAUUAGCAGACAGAAGUAUGACAUCAACGUCCUCCGCAACAGAGUGUCAGACCACCAGAAGACAACCAAGAGAACCAAGAGAGGCCUGAGGAAGUAGAGAGGGACUGAAGAGGGACUGAAGAGGGACUGAAGUAGACUGGCUGAGGGACUGAAGUAGACUGGCUUUGGAGAUCAGCUGUCUGGCCUAUUUGUCUACUGUCUGAUCUCUCUCUCUCCUUCUGACAUCUCUCCCUCCUUCCGACAUCUCUCCCUCCUUCCGACAUCUCUCCCUCCUUCCGACAUCUCUCCCUCCUUCCU